UGCAGGAGCGUCCUGCGCAUGCGCCGCACACACUCACACACAGUUCAUUCCAGCGUUCAAAACUUCGUCGCGUUCCCAAUGCGGUGGUUCGGGUUUGGUUUUAACGCGUUUGGACAAAUAUAUGUCCACGAGAAGCCGAUGCAAGGGGAGUGUAGCGAUGCAGCAGCAGAAGUUAAAGUGAGCAGUCCGACGGAGCUCUCCAGUGAGGUGGACAGGCGGGACUGCUGCGUGAAGAAUGAAUGUCAAAAACGAGCCAGUUGGAGUCGAAGAGCAUCCCUGCAUUUGAAUAGUGACAGCUGCGUGUCCCUCGCGGGCUUCGCCUCCCACGGGUCGUGUGACGCGCGUCCCGUGCAGGAGAGCCGCGGCUGUAAAGAUGUCCUCAUCAGUGAGUCGUUCUUGAGCCUCGCUUUUUCGGACCGAGUUGAGUGCUGGGAUCUGCGGAAGGAGGAGAAGACCCCGUCGUGGAGCAUGGAAAUAAAAACCCACCCCGACAGCUCUGGACCCUCCGUGAAGCUCCCAUUGGUCCCCGGGGGUUACGUAGCCCCCAAACUGCCCCUGUACCGCCUGCUGUCACCACACCUGCAGGCCAAGAUGCUGGCGCUGAGUUCAGAGCACGCUGUCCUGCUCAGCGCCUCCGGAGCCGUGCACACCUGGGGACUGGGCAGCCAUGGUCAGUUGGGGCACGGAGGCCUGGCCUCUGAGGAGGAGCCCAGGAUAGUGGAGGCCCUCUGGGGGAUGCCCAUGAGCCAUGUGGCAACAGGAGGCUGGCACUCUGUCUGCAUCAGUGAUGGAGGAGAUCUCUAUGUGUGGGGCUGGAAUGAAAGUGGCCAACUUGGACUUCCCUCGCGUGGUCUGAGGAAAGCACUGCGGCAGCAAAGUAGCCAACAAGAAGGAGCACAAUAUCAAGAUGCCAGCACGUCUCCAGCUGAAGAACAACAUGAAGAGGUAUUCAUAUCAAUCCAGGCAUUCCCAGCUCUGCUUGACGUCACGCCGCCGUGUGAAAUCAGAACAGUGAGCUGUGGAUGCCGCCACACAGCUGCAGUAACAACAAAAGGCGACCUCUACACUUGGGGCUGGGGUGACUAUGGGCAACUUGGACAGCAGAAUUUACUCAGUUCAGAUGAGCCGCAGCGGGUGGAGUUCUUCAGGGAGCAGCAGAUGCAUGUGACUGACGUAGUGUGUGGGGCAUGGAACACUUUUGCUGCUGUCGCCGAGGAGGAAGUAGCUUGCUCGUGAGGACUUUAUGGGAUCCAUUUAAUAAACGUGGACCCUGGACUUUGAACAACACACCAGGAAGCGAAAAUAUUCACAGCAAAAGACUGAAUUCAUUUUUUUAAUUUAUUUUGUGACGUACAAGUUCCUUUUUGUCUAGGUUAAAACAAUCAACUGCAUAUAUGAGCACUUUUUGGAAGUAUUAAAAAUGUUCUCUAGAAAAAAAUGAAAACAAA